CAGACAACUCUCUCUGUCUUCUUGUUCAACGAGAGAACCCAAUCACCAGAUAUGUCCUCGUUCUUCAAGGAGAAGUCUUCAUCUUUACCUAUUUAGAUGAAGGCUCUUCUUCUUCAGAUGCUUUGUGCUUUGUUGAUCCAGAUUCGAUAUACCCAACUUUACUCUCUAGACUUCUUUCAUGGCAGCCAUUCCCACACACUUGUCUCUCUCUCGUGAUCCUUCUCCUUCUUCUACCACGUCUCUCCUUCAUCUCCAUACUCAAGCGGCGAUCUUCGGUUCCAAGCAUAAUUUAAAGGAUUCCCAUUUGAGAAUUCCUCCAGCUUCUUUCAGAAUAAAAACUGCCAACUUGCGAAUGAUGGCUUCAGGAAAUACACCUGGACUGACUCAGGAAACUAAUGGGGUUGCAAUUGACAGAGAAAAUAACACUGAUGUAUUUGACGACAUGAAACAGCGGUUCCUUGCCUUCAAGAAGCUUAAGUACAUGGAUAACUUAGAACACUACAAAAAUCUGGCAGAUGCUCAAGCUCCAAAGUUUCUGGUGAUUGCUUGUGCAGACUCUAGGGUUUGUCCUUCUGCCAUCCUUGGAUUUCAACCGGGUGACGCAUUCACUGUUCGUAACAUUGCAAAUUUAGUACCUUCAUUUGAGUCUGGACCUACUGAAACCAAAGCUGCUCUCGAGUUCUCUGUGAAUACUCUCAAUGUGGAGAACAUCUUAGUCAUCGGUCAUAGCCGCUGUGGAGGAAUUCAAGCUUUAAUGAAAAUGGAAGACGAAGUAGAUUCCAGAAGUUUCAUACAAAACUGGGUAGUUGUGGGGAAGAAAGCAAAGGAAAGCACAAAAGCUGUUGCUUCAAACCUCCAUUUUGAUCAUCAGUGCCAACAUUGUGAAAAGGCCUCGAUAAAUAAUUCAUUAGAAAGGCUGCUUGGUUACCCGUGGAUCGAAGAGAAAGUGCGGAAUGGAUCACUCUCUCUCCAUGGUGGAUACUAUAAUUUUGUUGAUUGUACGUUUGAGAAAUGGACGGUCGAUUAUGGAGCAAGCAGAGGUAAGAAGGAAGGCAGUGGGAUUGCUGUUAAAGACCGGUCAGUUUGGUGCUGAUCACUAGCAAAUAUCUCAAUCUUCAUAGAGUUUUUUCAUAAUACAUAGAAACAUCAGACCCCUUUUGCAAGUGAUUAUCAUGUGUUUGUUUCCACUUGUGUGUUGAAGUCUUUCUCUUACUCUGUCUUAUUGAGGCUAAAACUUGAGAUACCCCUUCAGGUACUAAUGUUUGUUUUAUUGUCCAGUUGUUUCAUCAGUGAUUUCGUUUAGACUCCGGAUUUGUGCAAUGAAUUGAUUGGUUUUUUUCUAAGAUAUAAUCAUUUUGCCA